GUGUGCAAGAGCUGGAGGAAUGGUAGAAUAGCAAUGCCCCGGGCUGCUUUUUCUUAUAUUAAGACUUAUAUUCACCAAGGCUGUGUGUUAUUAAUGAAAUCCAGUGUUUGGAUAAAAGUGCACGCAUCGCUCUUGAAUCGUACAAGCAUAGCACGGGCUAUACUAUCCCCACUUUCAUUGAUGUGUUUAUGUAAGUCUACAAUAGUCCUAGUACUUUGCAACUAUUACAGGUGUGAGAUAUAA